UUUGAUGCGAUUUUAAACGGAAAAUGGUGUUAAUAUAUGACCUAUAACUUAUUUGAUAAAAUGUUUAAAUGAAGGUUGAACUGAUUUUCUUUUAAACUAGCCAUGCAUGUUAUGUUUGCUAAAAUUUCCCAAUGAACGGAUUCUUCUAAUGCAGUUUGAGUUCAUGAACGGAUUUAUCAAUAUUGCAAGAUUUAAACUUCAAUUUGAUGUUGGUCAGCCGUAAAUAUUUACAACCAAAAUGUCUUUUCUAAACUUAGCCUUUGUCUUUGUUACCCAUUCUGUGUACAACUGAAAUUUCUUUUGAACGUCUUUGUUUAAUGAUUUUUAGUAUUAUUGAGAAAAUGAAGCUUAAUUGGUUAACUAACUCUUCAUUUUAUUGCAUCCCUUGUUUUAUUUACCCCCUUACUAGUAUUUGUGCUGAAAGAAACAAUGGCUUACAAAUGGAGUUUCAUUUUUUGUUUUUGAUGUUUUAUGCAUGCAUUUAGUUAGCACCUGGCCAACACAUAUCCUAAUAUUUCUUUUUAUAAGAAAAUUCUUAAAAUGCAUGGAAUCUUAAACAUCAGUUCUUUGAUUUCCAACUGGUUCUCAUUUGUUUUUCCUUUAGUACAAAAUUUAAAUAAAUGAUCUUUAACUAACCUGAUUGCUGAUUACUAGUGGUUUCAUUAUUUUAACCCACUCGCACAAAAUGCUUUGCAAUGUCUACCUUCCCAUUUUUAAGCCAUGCCCUUUUUUAAAUGCAACAGUUGGUUUUUAUCCUAUAUAUGAGAAGUAAGUGUUUGUGCUCGUUUCUUUAAGUUUUCUUGCCAGUGGUUACUUUCUGUUUUUGCACUUGAUAUCGUGGUACUGAUUUAUAAGGACUGGUUGGUUUCGCAUCUCUCCUAAACUAGUCUUACAUUGCAGUACCGUAUCUUUUUAACUUGGCGGAUGGUUAACAGAUUUUGAUCUUCAGAGAAAUGAUUUCACCCUUAGGGUUUACUGUGUUUGUCGUAAUCGUAAAUUGAGCAUGUUUUGAAGGUUUUGGAAGGCUACAAGUGAGUUUGUUAGGCCCAUAGGGGCAUCCCACAAAUGUGGCUACCAGCGGAAGACCGUCCGGGACGGUGGCUGAUAUCCUGACUAUCCUAACAUUAGAGAAUGGUCCUCACAAGCAGCAUAUAGUACGAGCGGAGCUUGCAGCAGUAAUCUGGGCAGAGCUUACAGCAAGCUAUAUAACGCGUCGAAAAUGCCUCCGAGGACUUUGAAGCUUAAAGGUGUGGCUUCAGCGAGAAAUGGUGGAGCCAAGAAUACCAUUAUGGUAAAACAUCUGAAAUCAUGUUGUGAGCACUUGGCACAAACCGCACAGACCAUAGCUGGUGUCGUUGCGAACCAGAAUCAGUUGCGACCUAGUAGUGUUAUGGACUUGAAGGAAUUUAGGGAAGUGAUUGGUGAUCGAGUGUUUAAUGGUAUGGAAGAACCUAUAGAAGCUGAAAGGUGGUUAACGAGUAUAAAAAAGGAGUUUGAUGCACAUUUAGUAGUUGAGGAAGAUAGAGUACGCUUUGCUACGUAUAUGUUUCAAGGUAAUGCAGAUGAUUGGUUGGAUUCAGCGAAGCGAAUGAAAAAUGUGAUGGAUAUGUCAUGGGAACAGUUUGAAAUUUUAUUCCUUGACAAGUAUUUUCCGCCUACAGCAAGAUCUUUGAAGUGUGCCGAGUUUGCAGUGUUGAAGCAAGGAGAUAUGACGGUCACACAACUAAACAAGAAAUUUAGUGAGCUAGAGCGUUACGGGAAACACUUAGUCGAAACGCCAGAGUUGGGGGCUCGAAAACUUGAGGGUGCUUUGAAGGCUGUGAUUCGUGAUAGAGUUGUCGCAGUUGGACUGAAGACAUACAAGGAGGUUCUUAAUUCUGCAUUAGCGGUUGAGGCUAGCUUGAUGCAAAGUCAAAAAGAGAGAGAAGAGCGAGACCAGAAAAAGAAGACUAAGGAGCGAGAUAGAAAUUCAUCACCACAACGUAAGCGCCUACGAAAUGACAAUGCAACUAGGAGAGGCGAGGGGACUGAAUGUUUCCGUUGCGGAGAAGAUGGUCAUUAUGCUAGAGACUGCCCCUUACCAGCAGAUCAGAAGCCGCAAAUUGUGAACCAAAUUCCCAAUCAAAAUGCUCAAAGGCAGAACUUCACGAGGAAAUACUACUCCUUUCCAUCCAAGACAACGUCAAUCUAAUACACAAGGAAUUGUUCAAGGGAAGUUGAACCACUUCGUCGAGACUCAAGAGGAAGCGAAUGACCCUGUGGUUGAAGAGUACGAGCGGAGCUUGCAGCAGUAGCCGGAUAGAGCUUACAGCAGGCUAUAUAACGCGUCAAAAGUUAGUAUUUUGCUGUCUAUAAUGUGUAUAUCACGGGGAUAAAUUUGCGGUAGUUCUAAUAUCGACUUUCAGCCCAUGUUUUUGUCGUAUUUUGAUGUGUACAUGAAGGGAAAUGCUAAAGUUUUAUUUUGAUGUACCCUUUCUGAACUUAGGCCUAGAUAUAUACUUUAUUGUCUGUAGCUAUUUCUACUUAUGAACUUUUCUUACAUGUUCAACUGUUUUUGCGUGGUGGUAUUGUUUUGAAAUGAUAUGUUGUGUGCCAGUCUGCUGGAUUUAACUAAACUAAUAUCUUAGAACUUGUGAAUGAAA